GUGGCUGCCAGUCUUCAGGACUGGUGGGACAGGGGUUCAAGGCCACUCUGGGCAGGGAGGAUCAGGCCACCCAGACUGGUCUUGGCAUCCUGGAAUUGAGAUCUGCUGUCACUGGUCUUUGGGACUUUGCCGCAGAGUUGUACCUGAAGGUGACUUUUCCCUAGCCAGGGGAGCUGUAUGAGGAAGGCUGGAGGCUCCCGGGGUCUGUGGCUCACGGGGUAGAUCGUCUGUCCUGUUUCACACCUGCCUCACACCCUGCACUGUGCUGGGUUUCCCCACGGGUCCUACACAAAGCGUCCAUGCCCCGUGCAGCAUGUGCAGGUAGCCAAGCCCACUCACAGAUCCCAGGACAGGGUCUGAAUCCCAUUCCCCAUGAGUCACCAGGGCAUCCACCUCACCAGCCCCUCACUGCCACCUAAGAACUCACAUCAGGGAGCUCAGCAACAGGGCAGUGGCAUAUGUCUCUGUCACCAGGUCUCUGCAGAAGUGUAAAGAAUGUUGUGUCAUCAGGCUCCUCAGAGCACAGUGAGGAAGCCAGGCCUGCCAGCCCACAUCUCGACUGCCUUUCUGUCUUUGUCUCUGUGUCUGUCUCUCUGUGCCUUAGUCAUGGUUCUAAAGGACAGAACUGGUGAAUGAGUAUAUAAUAUAUCAUACAUGCGCAUAGCUACAGAUACAGACACAUGCAGCCAUUUAGUGGUGUGGCUUACGGGCUGUGACCUGGGUUGUCCUAGUCCCGAAGCAGGAUGUCUCAGCAGUCCCAAUCCAGCGCUGCAGUCCUGGAGGAACCUAGGGGUCUGCUGGUCGCCAGACUGCACUGGAAUCCUGAAGAAGUGGGCUCUCACCAGGAAAGGAGUGCCUCAGCCACAGGGUAGACGGACCUGCCAGCGAGAGAGGGCAAGCAGGCAGAGAGCAAAGGAUUCCUUCUGUGCCCUUUUAUGCAGGCUGCCACCAGAAGGUGUGGCCAGGUUAGGGUCCAGUCAAGAGAUCUCCAGGUGGGCCCAGCUGCUUGGGCUCGUUGUUCCAGAUGUGGCGAGCUGGCAACAUCAGCCCUCACAUUCUGUCCCUGUAUUCUCUCCCUGUCUCAUUGUCUGCCCUCUGUCUUUGUGUCUCUGUCUCCAUCUCUUCUGAUGCCAGAGGCCUAAGCUGCCUCCUCCCUUUGUCAGAACUCCCUGAGGCCAGGCCCCCACGAACUGCUUAUGUGGUCUGCCCCUUGCCUGGACCCUGUUUGUCCCAACACAUCUGGAGACAUGGUGGCUCUGGUGGCAGAUGGCCACGUCCUUCUAGUGGGUGAGCAUUUAUUGACCACUUGCUAUAUGUGUGCCCUGCACACACUGUCCCCAAAAUGCCUGUGGAAGUACACACCCCAUGCCUGUGCCCUGUUCACAGAAGGUUGGACCCAGGGUUGAGGAGCUCAAGCUUGUCACCCUUCUUCACCUCCCCCACCUCCCUGGGCCCCUGGUGGCCUUGAAUUCCAUGGAACAAGAAGGAGCCAGACUUGAGCCAAGUGUCCCAACCACCGAGCAGAAGGGACAUGAGGGGUGCUCAAGUGAGGAGACCUGGACCGGCUAGGUGUGGUGCCAACCCCACCCGUCUGAGUUUAGAGUUUUUACCUGCAGGCUGCAGGCCUCUGCUCGAGCAGACACUCCCUCACCGCAACCCUUGUGGUCUCUGCUCACUGCAACAGUGUUAGCCUGGAGUUGGGACAGAAAACCCAGCUGUGCCAGGAACCAGAAGAGAAGAAACCCUCAGGCAGCUGGAAACUAAACACAAGCCCCAAGUUUUUUGGUAGAAGAAGCAAAAAGAGAAAAACUAUGAUCCAUGUGACUUAGCCCUCUAAGGAAGAAGUCCUUCCGAUUCCUGCUCUUGGGAGCCAGACGGAAGGGGAGAGUCUGGGGUGCUCCUGGGCUACACCGAGAGUCUGUCUCAAAGCAACAAGAAAACUACAGCAGGAAAAGAAACAGAAGGAAUCCAGAGUGUUGUUGUCUGCCGGUCUGUCUUCCUCGGAUAGUCGCCUCUGAUCCCUGCUGUCUUCUGCUCAGGCUCUUUUCCCUCUGCUGAGAGCUGUGGGAGUCCCUCCUCCCCCCCCCAGCUGCUGGCUGGCCCUGUCACGUCACGCAGGGGUCACUUCAGGCUCCCACAGUCUUGAGUUCCUGGCAGUACCUCUUGGAGCCUUGCCUUCCUUUUCAGCCAGCCCCAGACUUCCACCACCUGCUUCUACAAGGAAAGGGCCCCGUGAAUCCCUGCUCCGCCUUCCAUCUCCAGGUGGCUUGGAGCCCCUACCCCAUGGGCUCUGAUAGCCCUGCUCGGUGACCGGAACAGCUCCACAGACCCCUGUGGGGAUAGCCCACCCUGGGCUGUGCAGGACCCCUCAUGCCUCGAGGACCUCUCCAAUGCCUCCAUCUUCUCGUCUUCUGUGGAUUCCCUGUCAGACAUCCCUGACACGCCUGACUGCAUGCAUGUCGACAGCCUCAAUGAGGUGUCCACCAUCUGGGACGUCAGCACCACCUCAGCCACCCCUGGCAAGCUGUUACUGCCUAAUGGGCCAUUCUCGGCUCUUGAAGAUCCAGCGACCCCCCUCUCCAGCACCCCUCUUCUCGUCAGCUACCAGUCACACAGCCAGCCUGAGGAGGAGGAGGAGGGAGAGGAGGAAGAGGAGGCAGAAGAACUGGGCCACGCUGAGACCUAUGCCGACUACGUACCGUCCAAGUCCAAGAUUGGGAAACAGCAUCCAGAUCGUGUAGUGGAGACCAGUACACUGUCCAGUGUUCCUCCCCCAGACAUCACCUACACCCUGGCACUACCCACCUCAGACAACGGGACCCUAUCUGCUCUACAGCUGGAAGCUAUCACCUACGCCUGCCAGCAACAUGAGGUCCUACUGCCCAGUGGGCAGCGCGCUGGGUUCCUGAUUGGGGAUGGAGCCGGCGUGGGCAAGGGCCGCACAGUGGCUGGCAUCAUAGUGGAGAAUUACCUGCGGGGCCGGAAGAAAGCUCUGUGGUUCAGUGCCUCCAAUGACCUCAAGUAUGAUGCGGAGCGGGACCUGAGAGACAUUGAGGCGCCAGGCAUCGCGGUGCACGCAUUGAGCAAGAUCAAGUACGGUGACAACAAUACCUCAGAGGGUGUCCUCUUUGCCACCUACUCUGCCCUGAUUGGAGAAAGCCAGGCAGGUGGGCAGCAUCGCACACGCCUCCGCCAGAUCCUGCAGUGGUGCGGCGAGGCCUUUGAUGGUGUGAUCGUGUUUGACGAGUGCCACAAAGCCAAGAAUGCCAGUUCCACCAAGAUGGGCAAGGCCGUGCUAGACCUACAAAGCAAGCUGCCCCAGGCCAGAGUGGUGUAUGCCAGCGCCACAGGUGCUUCCGAGCCCCGCAACAUGAUCUACAUGAGUCGCCUGGGCAUCUGGGGCGAGGGCACACCCUUCCGGACCUUCGAGGAGUUCUUGCACGCCAUUGAAAAGAGGGGAGUGGGUGCCAUGGAGAUCGUGGCCAUGGACAUGAAGGUCAGUGGCAUGUACAUCGCACGCCAGCUCAGCUUUUCCGGGGUUACGUUCCGCAUCGAGGAGAUCCCGCUGUCCCCCGCCUUCGAGCAGGUCUAUAAUCGGGCAGCCCGGCUGUGGGCUGAGGCCUUGAGCGUGUUCCAGCAGGCGGCUGACUGGAUCGGCCUGGAGUCUCGCAAGUCCCUGUGGGGUCAGUUCUGGUCAGCGCACCAGCGCUUCUUCAAGUACCUGUGCAUUGCAGCUAAGGUGCAGCGGCUGGUGGAGCUGGCCCAGCAGGAGCUGAGCCAGGACAAGUGUGUGGUCAUCGGUCUGCAGUCCACAGGAGAAGCGCGGACCCGCGAGGUGCUGGAUGAGAAUGAAGGGCGCCUGGACUGCUUUGUCUCAGCUGCAGAAGGCGUCUUCCUAUCGCUCAUUCAGAAGCACUUCCCUUCCACCCGGAGGAGGCGGGACCGGGGAGGCGGAAAGAGGAAAAGGCGGCCCCGGGGGCGCAUCCCCAAGGCUCCCAGACUGGCUCUGGAGGCAUCAGGAGUGAUCCGCAUCAGCGACGGCAGCAGCACAGAGUCAGAUGCUGGCCUGGACAGCGACUUCAAUUCAUCCCCAGAGUCCCUGCUAGAUGACGAUGUGGUCAUCGUGGAGGCCCCCACGCUCCCCACAGAUGACCGAGGUCCCCUGUACCCACUUCAGAGAGACCAGCAGGGGCCUGGUGUCCUGGACCGGGUAGAACGCCUGAAACAAGGCCUGCUGGCCAAGGUGCGCACACUGGGCCGGGAGCUGCCGGUGAACACAUUGGACCAGCUCAUCCACCAGCUUGGGGGUCCUGAGUGUGUGGCUGAGAUGACCGGCAGGAAAGGCCGUGUAGUAUCCAGGCCCGACGGGUCGGUGGUCUUUGAGUCCAGAGCAGAACAGGGCCUGUCCAUCGACCAUGUGAACCUCAGGGAGAAACAGCGCUUUAUGAGCGGCGAGAAGCUUGUGGCCAUCAUCUCUGAGGCCUCCAGCUCCGGUGUCUCCCUCCAAGCCGACCGCCGGGUCCAGAACCAGCGACGCCGGGUACACAUGACCCUGGAACUGCCUUGGAGCGCAGACCGCGCCAUUCAGCAGUUUGGUCGCACCCACAGGUCCAACCAGGUCUCAGCGCCCGAGUACGUCUUCCUCAUCUCGGAGCUGGCCGGGGAGCGCAGGUUCGCCUCCAUUGUGGCCAAGCGGCUGGAGAGCCUGGGUGCCCUGACCCACGGAGAUCGCAGGGCCACCGAGUCCCGAGACCUAAGCAAGUACAACUUCGAGAACAAGUACGGCACCCGUGCUCUCAGCCGCGUCCUCACCACCAUCCUGGGCCAGACGGACAGCAGGGUGCCCCUGCCCCAGGGCUACCCGGGAGGGGAUGCCGCCUUCUUCCGUGACAUGAAGCAGGGCCUGCUCUCUGUGGGCAUCGGUGGCCGCGAGUCGCGCACUGGCUGCUUGGAUGUGGAGAAGGACUGUUCCAUUACCAAGUUCCUGAACCGAAUCCUGGGGCUGGAGGUGCACAAGCAGAAUGCUCUGUUCCAGUAUUUCUCUGACACCUUUGACCACCUCAUCGAGAUAGACAAGAAGGAGGGCAGAUACGACAUGGGCAUUCUGGACCUGGCCCCUGGCAUCAAUGAGAUUCAUGAAGAAAGCCAGCAGGUGUUCCUGGCACCUGGGCACCCACAGGAUGGGCAGGUGGUCUUCUAUAAGAUCAGUGUGGACCGCGGCAUGAAGUGGGAAGACGCGCUCACCAGGUCUCUGGAGCUGAAAGGUCCCUAUGAUGGUUUCUACCUCUCCUACAAGGUACGAGGCAGCAAGAUGAGCUGCCUCCUGGCGGAACAGAACCGUGGUGAGUAUUUCACUGUCUACAAGCCGAACAUCGGCCGACAGAGCCAGCUGGAGACCCUGGACAGCCUGUGCCGCAGGUUCCACCGGGUCACCGCGGAGGAGGCCCGGGAGCCCUGGGAGAGCACCUAUGCCCUGUCGCUGGAACACUGCAGCCACACCACCUGGAACCAGCGCUGCCGACUGGCACAGGAGGGCAAGGGCUGUGCCCAGGGCCUGCGCCUCCGCCACCACUACAUGCUGUGCGGGGCGCUGCUGCGCGUGUGGGGCCGCAUCGCCGCUGUCAUGGCGGACGUCAGCAGCAGCAGCUACCUACAGAUCGUGCGCCUCAAGACCAAGGACAAGAAGAAGCAAGUGGGCAUCAAGAUUCCUGAGGGCUGCGUUCCGCGCGUACUGCAGGAGCUGCGGCUGAUGGAUGCCGAGGUGAAGCGCCGCAGCACUCAUGGGCUGGCCGCGCGCCCACCCACUCCACGCGCCAUCGCGCUUCCCUGCGGUCCUGGUGAGGUGCUGGAUUUGACCUACAGUCCCCCGGCCGAAGCUUUCCCGCCACCUCCACGCUUUGCCUUCCCUUCGCUUCCGCCUCCAGACCCCAGUUCUCUGAUGCUGGGUGCAAGAGACCCUGCAACCAACCCCACAGAGCUGGCACACCAGGGCUGCGACAUCAAUUUCAGGGAAGUGUUGGAGGACAUGCUCCGCUCUCUGCGCGCAGGGCCCACCGAGACCCCUGCGCCUCUGGUGGGCAUGGGUGGUGGGGGUACAGAGCGGCAGAGCGUCAUCCACUUCAGCCCACCCUUCCCGAACUCGUAGGCGGCCACCAUGGCCUCUGGAUUACAACUGUCCUGGGCAGCAAGGCCCACACCGGCUCCUCUGCGAGCAAAGAGGUUCCCACGACUACUGAGGGCACCUGGCCGCAGUGCCUUACCCGCCAGCUGGGUGCGGGGCCUCUCCUGCGCUGCUCCACGCGUCCAGCCUGAAGGCCGUGGGGCUUGGUGGUCCCAGAGAGCUGGUAACUCAGGAAAUCCGGUGCUGAGGCCCCGCCGUCUAUGGGGACUCCACGGGGCAGACCCCGUUAAUAUAUGCAAUCCCCUCCUCCCUAAAUUAUUGUUACCCGCCACUUCCCAGCCCCGGAAUCCGUGGGCAGCUAGCGGGCCCUGGUUUCUAUGUAUUUAUAAUGAACUCUGGUGUAUAUAUGUAAAGAUCUUUUUUAAAA